AUGGAUCAUGGUGAAGGACGCUAUGCGGUUUACGAUUACGAGUGUCCAGGGAAGCUCCCUACACUCAUUUUUGUUUCAUGGAAUCCAUCAUCUUUGACAACGAAAACUAAGAUGGUCUACGCCGCCUCCAAGGAUGCCAUUCGUUUGAAGCUGAUUGGAAUCAAACAUGAAGUUGAAGCGAACGACUUGGACGAAAUUGCAGAAGAGGAAAUGAGAAAGAAGGUAGAAUGA